AUGAGUUUAGCAUAUGUGUCCGGAACGGUCACUGGAGGAAUUAUAAUUGAGAAAGUCGGUCGUCGGACACUUCUUCUCCUAUUCACUUUUCUUAACAAUUUGGCUCUACUCGCGUUUCUGUUUUUUGCGAAAAUUCGGAUUUUGAUUGACCCAAUGAAAUAUGGGUGUCUAGGAGCACUCAUAAUCUAUGGAUACACUUAUGGAACCGGUGUUGGCCCAAUUUCUUGGUUCAUUUCUUCUGAACUGGUGCCUCAAAAACAUCGAAGUAUCGCUCAAUCGGUUGCAUACGCCAUUAAUACCCUAAUGGUCGUUAUUAGCACAUUUACCGUACUCCCACUGUAUUCUGUAAUUGGAAGUUAUGCAUUUGUGAUACUGUAUUCGAUUCCUUCAUUUAUAAGUAUGCUUAUUUUGUUUAGGUAUUUGCCAGAAACAAAGGGACGGGAGAUUCAUGACAUUGUGAAUGAGUUGAAGAAUAAAUAG